CACGACACACAACAACCAGUUCACGUUCACCAGUUGAGUUGGAUCGCUCGCGCAAGGCGGUCGCGUCGCCUCGACAAGCCGUCUUGAUGCGCCGAGCCGUCGCCGUCCUCGGAGGACUCGGUGGGGCCGUGCCGCGCUAGCCGCGAAGCCGCACAGUCAAGUGUCUAGCAGUGUGGCAGUCCAGCCCAGCUGCUUCCGGGUCCGGGCGUCUGUCCGUCCGCCUGUCUGUCCGCACGCGCCCCCCGAACCGUCGCGCUUUCGCGUGCUUAGGCGUGCUUUCGCCACCACGAGGAUACACGGAUACAAGGAUACAGUGCUCCAGUGCCAGUGUGUGAGUGCGUCAGUGCAGUGUGAGUGCGUCGUCGACGUCGUCGUCAUGAGAGGCAGCAAUGCGUCCGUGCAUCGCGCGUGACUCCAUGGAGAAGCAGGGCAAGCAGGGCCUCGACCUGUCCACUGGCUCGGGGCUGUCCGGCCUCCACGGCCUGCAAGGCCUGCAAGGCCUGCACGGGGUGCACGCCCUCGCCUCCCUGCCCCCCGCCAGCCCCUUCGGGGCCCUUGGAAGCCUAGGCCCCUUCGGCCGGGCCGUGGACGCGCCGCCCUCGCCCGCCACGCUCAACCUGAGCGUCAACGUGCCGCUGUCGCAGUCCUCGCCGUCGCAGCACCAGCUCCGCGAGAUCCUCCUCGCGCAGCUUAUCCGCGGCGUCGCCGGCUUCGCGGGCAUCAUCCAGCCUGCGGGCCCCGUCAUCUCCUCGGCGCCGCUGCUGGCGUCGCUCGCGCCCCCUAAGACGUCGGGGACCUCGGUCGGCAGCGCGCCGCCGUACCGCUACCCGUACGCGGCGCACGCCGCCCACGCUCCGGCUUACUACUCGCCGUACCCGCAGCAGUACUACCCGCCGCCGUACCAGGACCCCUGCUACCCCAACUACUACCACCGGGCGCUCCACUACCGCCGCCACUACACCUACCUGCACCCGUCGUCCGGGCACGGAGGCCCAGGCCCAGGCCCGGCCCCGGGGCCCGACCCCUACGCCGCGGCGGGCUCCACCUUGGCCGUGGCGCCGCCCGUGGGUGCCCCCCUGGGGGCCGUGCACCAGAUGCAGAUGGUGGUGUCCAGCGGCCCGCCGCCCGGCGCCCCGCCCGCGCACGCCGCCCCGCCGGAGUACCCCGUGGAGCCCUACGUGCACUACCCUGCGUACCCCGCCUCAGAGACAGCGACGUAUAGGUGCCCCUGCCCAAUGCAAUCGUGUCCAAAAAACGUCCAUACUGGUCCCCUUACUGGUGACGGUAAGGGGCCCAAAAUGCAACCUCUGCCCCCAGUGGCCCUCGCGCUGCCCCACGAGCCCCCGGGACUCAACCCCGGGGCGCUCGGCCCGCCGUCGCCCGCCAGGGGCUCGGCGGGAAUGCCGCCCCCGCCAUCCCCCGCGGCGGGGGCCACGCACCGCUAUCACGCCUGGGACAACAUGGAGAGCGCCAAGAGCGUGGUGAAGCAGGACCCCGGCACGCCGCCAGACGGUACCCCGGGCGGCACGCCCCCCGCGCGAACACCCCCGACCCCCACCGGGGGCACCCCCGCGGGGCCCACCGGGCUGCUGGCCAUCAGCAAGCACGACUCGCCCCCCACCCCCGGCCUCGGACCCCCACCCCCGGUAACCGGGGCGCCGCGACGAAAGCGGGACCGGCCCGUCAAGGGCCAGGGUGUGCACACCAAGGAGGACGCCGUCAAGCUGGAGGACUUGAAGGACGUCAAGAAGGCGGCGCACGACGCCGUCGCGACCACCGAGGAGGCGACGCAAACGUCCCCGCCGCCCGACGCGGUCAAGGCAGCCAAGGCCGUCGGCGUGCACGUGACCAACGGUCCGCUGAGCCCCACGGAGAAGCAGGGCGCGCCCGAGGACUCGGCGCCGCCCAACAAGAAGAAGAAGACGAGCAAGGCGAAGAAGGUCGACGCCGAGGUGCAGGGCGUCGAGGCUGACGGCGCGGCCAAGACCAAGGCCGCGGCAAGCAAGUCCAGCAAAAAGGCGACCGCCAGCGGCCCCGCCAACGGCCCCGCCAACGGCCCCGCCAACGGCCCCGCCAACGGCCCCGCCAAUGGCCCAGCCAACGGCCCAGCCAACGGCCCAGCCACCGAGAACAGCAAGAAGGCCAGCAAGCAGAAGAAGCGCUCUCAGUCGCGAGCGGCGUCCGUUGACAGCAACAAGUCCUCGGGCAGCGCCAAGCGCGCCAAGUCCCGGGACAAGUCCCAGGACAAAGCCGAAACCGAGAGCAACAACAACACCAAGUCGACGUCUCGCGACAGCAGCAAGUCCCGCAGCCGCAGCACGUCGCGGUCCCGGCUGGCGGAGGAGGAGGCGGCGGCCGCGGCCGUGGUGGCGGCGGCGGAGCUACCCGAGGGCGUCCCGAUCAACCAGUGCCGGCGGCUCAUCGCCGCGCAGAAGAAGCUCAUCUCCAAGUGCCUCGCCAAGAAGGAGCGAGAGCAGGCGCGACUCGCCAAGCAGGAGGCGACCCGGGCGGCGCGCUUGGCGGCGCUCGUGCGCGCCGCGGAGGCCAAGAAGACCCCCAACCCCGACGGGGACGGCGAGCACGACGGCGAGGACGCCGCGGAGGGCGUGGCCACAGCGGCCGCCGCCGUGCGUCUGGCGAUCCCCGCCGUCUCCAGCGCACCCACCACGACGUCCACCACAACACCAGCCCCCGCGACCACGGCCAGCCACCGCCACAACCACCACGGCCACCACGGCCACCACCAGGACGACCCCCCCGUGGAGCGGAGCCGCGUGGAGGCGCUGGCGGCGCAGGCCGGGCUGCACGUGCCCGCCUGCCUCACCAUCUCGCAGUCAGAGCUGCGACUCCUGGAGUCCUGCGCCGAGGUCAAGGCGCCCAAGUAUUCCAACGGCUGGCAGUGGCGGGGGACGCCCUUCCUGCACAGAGUCUUCCUCAAUUGCGACGACCCACCCGUGUUACGGAAGUGCUUCCCGGGCAUGCAGCACAUGGAGGGCGACAACAUCGUGCUGGGCGACACCAUCCUGCUCAAGUCGGGUACCAGGAAGAUCGACUUGCCGUUCGUGGCACGAGUCAUUCAUCUUUGGGAGAACCCAGAGGAUGGUGAAAUGAUGCUGUCUUUGGUGUGGUUUUAUCGGCCCGAACACACCGAGCAGGGGCGCAGACCUUGUGAUCUGGAUGAUGAAAUCUUUUCAUCCCGUCACAAAGAUAUCAAUAGUGUGGCAUGUAUCGAAGAUAAAUGCUACGUUUUAACUUUUAAUGAAUACUGCAGAUAUCGCAAAACAAUUCGUCGCCUAGAAGAAGGCCUGUCCCCUCCUUCGUUGGUUGUGCCCGCACCUGAAGGAAAAUAUCCUCGUCAUCAUCGGUUACCUCCUGGGCAUGUUGCACCUGAUAUGGUGUUCUUCUGUCGUAAAAUAUAUGACUUCCGACAACGGCGGUUACAAAAGAAUGUGUUUUAAUAAUUUAAGGCAUGUUCAAUUUGGCACUGAGGCUUUUGCAAGAAGUGGCUUCCUUUCUAAUUUGUUGAAAAAUGAAUAUUAUUAUUUGGUGAACUAAUGUUUGUGUACCUGAAUGAAUUUCUUGUAUUGACAAUGUCAAAAUAUUGCUAUGUGUGUUGUACAGGCUAGGAUAAUUUGACUAACAACUCCGUUAUCAAUUUGCCGCUACUUGCAAAACCCUCUAAAUGUUUGUUAUUUCUUUUUUGUUUUGUGAUCAUAUUUGUUUUCUAGAAAGAAGACCACUUAGUUUGUUACAUAAUGUUACUACUGAGUUAUGGUCUGGUGUGAUAGACUCAAUCUGUUGUGUUUACCAGUUCUAUAUAUAUCUGUUAGUGUUUCUCAUGAUGGUGGACUGAAGCAAAUGGUGCUCUGUAAUGGAUCCCCUGUCUUGUGUGAUUGUUCUGUUUUCUUUUGUUUUGUUUUCUCUUUCUACUAUGGAGAGCCAAAAAUUCCUUCAGGACUGUGAAUUUUCUCCUAUUUCCUAUUGUUAAGCACAUUGCAUAUGUGAAAAUCAAGUUAGUAUAGUUUUUUAAUUCUUUAAAAAGAAAAAUAUUUAUGCAAAGAUACUUUUUUAAUUUGUCUGUAGGUUGUAAUUGAUUGAGAUAUUCCAAACAUUUUCUCUAAGAAUCAGUCUGACGUGAGGUGUAUUUGAGUGUCUUAGAUGAUACGCAUUUAAGUUGUUUGGGAUGUGUGUACCAAGCAGCAUUUCAGGCAACAUGGGGUGCCUUUGAAAUAAGGUAGAUGUUCUAUUGACUACCUUCAUCAUACAAUUGUGUUUUUUUGUUGAGUGAGAAAAAAAUGCUUCUCACCUGGUGUACAUACACACUCAAGUCGUGAAUGAUACUCCAAGUCAGAGCAAUUGUUUCUUGUCUUGAAAUUUUUUUCUGUGUCUAGGCAUUGUUAUUUGCCUUCCUUAUUUAGUCAUAUUUAUUUUAGUCUUAAUGCCAACAUGUUUCCCCUCAGUAUGUAAGUCUUCAAGUACAUACAACUUUCUCAGUGUAACCUGUUUUACAUGAAGGUAUUUAUUUCUACUACAAAAUGAUCAUUGCUGCCUCAGUUGCUGUUCAGCAUUCUGUUUGCUGUGUUAAAAUCUACUUUAAAAGUGUCAAUCAAUUUGAUUCAAAAUCAUGUGACUUUUAUGGGCCGAUGUGACAUAUCUUAGUGUGCAUUGUCAGUAUCUCAAUUAGUGUUCAACAGUCUCAAGUGGAGAAAACUUCUUGAAAUAAGAUAUCAACAUUCCAAUUGUGUAAGCUGUUUUACUAGUUUCUGGACAAGUUUGUGAGUGUCGCUUCUUACUCACAUGUAUUCAUGUGAGGCUCAGAGACCAAAGAUAUAAAGUAUAAUGGUAACUUCUUGAAGUUGUGUUUGUUUUUUCCUAUUAAGUGAUGAAUUCGUUCUUGAAAUGGGUAAAUGUCUGUGAGACACUUCCUGCUUGUGUAAAAUUUCCCUUGUUUGUGAAAUACUUAGAUAUUUAAUGUUUCCUCUCUGUGCUACCCUGUAGUUAAGUCAUAAAGUGUGAAUGGAGUGUGAUGAUUGAGUUUGGCAGCAAUACAGCUGGUGACUGUAAUGGUGGUUCUGAAACAAAAGAAUUUCCAAUAUUUUCACAAGAUGGUCUUGUAUGUGUGAUACUUAUACCAUCUUUGGACUGGUUAUAUUUUAAUACCAUGGAACAGUUACAUACAAAAUUGUAAUUUUAACAUAUCUUUCUGUGUAAGAUUCAACCUCUUUUCCUUUGCUUUGUUUUUGUCUUUUUUCUUUUCCUUUAGUUUGUUUCUUUACUCUGGGACCUUGAGCUUUAAAGUAAAGGCUGACUAUGGUGCAGCAAGUUAACAAUUUCUACUAGGAAAAGAUUAGCCUCAGAGGUACUAAUUUCAUAGAUUCAAUCUCCAAAAGACCAAGCCGGAAGCAUUGAGAUAAAUUGUCUUUAUUUUCAUGUUGUGUACGCUCUUACCAUUUGGAGGCAAACCAGAAUAAUACACAAAUAAAAACUAACUGUUGAGAUGAUGACCAUUUUGUUGAAGGAUCCUGUCUAUUUUAAAAACGGUUAGUUGAUGUAAUCAGAUAAUAAGGUCAUGUGUUCUUGCUUUUUUCCCUAUCGAUUUUGAUUCAUAUUUAUGUGUGGGUUAAGCUUCACCCUAGAAUUUAUUUCCUGUAUCUUCAAUAAAUGUCUUGUAGUUAUUUUCUCUUUGCUUUAAAUGUGUUAGGAAACAAAUCAAUUACAAAGUCAUUUUUUGAAGAACUUUUUGUUUUCUGUUCAUGAAUUCCAGUUUGCAAGGAAUGCGAACUUUUCAAAUUGUAAUAUAUUGCCUGUAUAUUUCAUAUAUACAUAUACAUAGAUUCAUGUUUAUUUAUAUGUGUAUAUGGUCAUGUAGGAAUUAUACUUUGUAUGCCACUAUGGAUGUCAUUUUGUUAGGUCGAUAGGAAAUAAGGAAAACUACAGAAAGUGGAUAAAUUUUUAUAUAUCGUGAACCUUGGGAGGAAAUUAAUGUUUCUCUCCACAUUUUUUUUGCUUCCUUGUUAUAUUUGCUGAAAAAAGGCUUUUGCCAGGCAAGCAAGAAGAGUAAACCUGCUAACUGUUGCAUUUAGUACCCUGUGAAAUUUGUUGCUAGCAUAUUGACUGUAAUGUGUGUUUCUUUCCUUUUUUUUUUAUAAUGGUUGUCUGGUAUACUUGACUCAGUUUUUAUUUUUUUUGUGUGUCAGUUUUCUUAAUAUUGAUUACUACCCAAUGUUUUGGUAGAACUUACAUUACAGUUGCAGCAGUAAGUUGCCCAGUUCCCUCUACUAACUUCUAUACAAAAAUUGUUUUAUUUUGAAUUCUGGUUUUCAUGGUCAAGAAUUUCCGCUUUAUAUUUUCCCCUUCCUCUUCGGGAGUAUCUUGUUUGUUGAUUGCUGUAUGUUGGAGAGUUGUACCUAAAGUCCAUUCCAAUGGCUAUUGUUUGUUCUCUCAGAACUCCUGUUACGGUUGUUUUUAAGAUCGCAUUCUUGACUUGCAACUACCAUUCUGGAUAUCAUUGUUUUCUGUUAUUUUUUUUUGUAUGCAUACUUGUAAACAUAAGCAACAAAGGUAAAAUCUCAGUUGCAUAACAAAACCAAAGUCUUGUUUGUUACUGUUACUCAUGAUGGAUGAGCAUAUUUUUGCUGAACCAAUUUAUACUCAGUUUUGCAAAUUGUUCACUCUGGAAAUUUCCACUGUUCCACUAAUACUCAGCAGUUCUACCAGGCAAUAAGUAAACCUCAUUUUGCGUAGCUUUGCAACAGCAUAGUUGGCAAUACUAAAUCAUACCAAACUGAUUUGGGACCAAAUUAUUCAAUGUUCAAAAUGCUGUGAGCUACGGAUCGGAAAUUUUGUUGAAUUUUAGAAUUAUUUCAUUUAUAUUGAAGAAAAAGCUUUGUGGAAGUUACAUAAGCAUGAGUCAAGUAAGCCAGAAGAGAGUAUAUUAGUCUGGAAGAGGUUGUUUGUCUAUUAAAUUAAAAUAACUGAGUGAUAGUGGAAAAAUGUAGUUAGCGCUUUUUAAACAGCAAUGUCCAUAGGUGCCUUUGCAUGCUGAAAUUGAAUUGUUUAUUUACAUCUGUCUGACGAAUGUAUAUUUCAGUGAUAUAUUAUUUGUUGUGUGUACGUAGUAUACAAAGAAUAUCCGUAAUGAUAUGUUUUCCUCAUUAUAAAAAAAUAAUGAAAGUAUUAAAAGUGAAGCAUUUUGUAAAA